AUGAACCACUACUGCCUUAUGUUCCUCCUUUGCUUCACAUUGCCCUUUGUAUUUUGUGAUGUUGAAAUGCAUUCAGGUCGGUCAACCCAGAUUCUGCACUCUUUCUAUGAAGAAAGAAACUUGACAACGGUGAUGGUGAAAGCAGAACAGACACUCUCUACAUCAAGAAAAUUUUUAAUGCAUGGUUCAUGCACAAACAAAGACAUAAGCAUCUCACAAAGUAGGGAAUCUGCUUCUGGAAUUCCAGAGUACAUUGUGCAAAUUGUGAAUACAUGUGUUUCUGAAUGUGCUCCAUAUGAUAUUCACUUUCGCUGUGGCUGGUUUGCUUCUGCAAGAGUAAUCAACCCAAGAUUGUUCAAGAGGCUCUCUUACGAUGAUUGUUUAGUUAAUGGAGGAAAGCCUUUAGCCUUUAGUCAGAUCAUUAGAUUCACUUACUCCAACUCCUUCUUGUAUCCUCUUGCUUUCAAGUCUGCUAAAUUUUGCUCAACUCCCAAGUAA